GUAUGUUAAUUUUUCACCACCAUUACACGACUGAAGAAUACUAUUGGACCUUAGGUAGUAGAGUUGUAGUAAUUGUAAAUGGUGCAGACAUUGGGUGUUUUGAAUUAUUCUUUAUUGCAUUUGAGAGUAAUGCAGUGAGGCAGGAAAAUUAUUGGGGUUGUGGCCCCCUUUGUUCCCAUGGUAUCUACGCCUAUGUAUUUGGGUGUAGCUUGUCAACGAUAGAGUAAACAGCUCGCGUCAUUCUGACAAAUUACGCAAAUGAACUGUGGCAUAAACUCUACCAUUGUAUUAAAUUAAUUGGUAUCCAUGCAAACUAACUUAAUCAACCAAGGUAACCCUACAGUACCUCUAUGGUACCUUAUUGUUACUUACUCUAGUAAAUCUGGAAAGCCUCGGUGACUUAUGCGUUACAGUUCUUGUGUAGCAACAAAUUGAGUGCAAAGUUAGGACGAUCAAGCCACAGCCCUUCUUGCAGAUUAGUUUAACAACAUGCAGUUUACAAUCUGCUAGCCACUGGACAAGUGCCAGGUGUGCUCUACAUCUGUCACAAACCUUUUGUUGUACUGUCUAGUCAGCCAUAUUUGUUGAUUGCUAUGUACUUGUAAAAUUGUAAACCCAGACUAUUUGCAGUGAUCGUACAGACAGCAUUCACUUUGACAGUCACCUAUAAAGAUCUGAUGCAAUUAUAGAAUAAAGGAAGAUUUGCGAAACAGAAAGGAAACCAGCAGUGUACCGCAUGAAGAAAGAUUCAGCUAAUUGGACUGCCCUGGAAGCGUUCCAGUUCGUUUUCAAGACAAGUGUUCUAAAAUAUGACUCAAAGUUCACUAUACAGUGAUACUGCAAGUGAACCUCAUACAGACACACGGUAGACUUUAUCUCUGUCGUCUCUAUGAAAAUGACUUUUGGCUGAAGCGUCAUGUGUUAAUGGACUUUUUUUGGAAACAAUGAUGUGGAAAACAAGAGAUACACAAUGCUUCAGUUUUACCUGCUUGCCAUAUAUAUAAACUCAAUAUUAUACAUCAGUUCUAGCUCUCUACCAUAUAUGAACUGGAGAUUAUUUUUGUCCCUAUUUUUGAUAGAUUAACGAUUGAAAUAGAACGUGGUGUUCGGGUAAAAUAGACCAUUCUGGACGUUUAGUCAGCAUUUCACACCAGAUAAGGUGAUUCGAGUAAAACUAUUACAACAAACUGAAAAUUUCGGAAAUUGGAGAAGGUGGGCCGGGAAUAUGAGGGGACCGUCCAUGGCGUAUAAAAAUGGGUAGCAGCAACAGCCAUUCCAUCUGGCAAAUCUACAAGCUUCGAAUCAGUUUACUUCAAGUGUGAUUUUAGUCGAGCAGAAGAUGACUGUCAAGAUUUUGAGCAUAUUAGCUUGUGCGUCUGUGCUACUUACCAAUCAGGCGAGCUUCGCAUAUUUCCGGCGUGUCUCUAGGCAUGGUGCCAUUCCUACUAAGCGACAAUGCCACAGACCUCAGUGGUUGCAGGAAGAUGGAUGCUAUUUGGAUCGUAGUGACGAUUCGUGUCCGCUAAAUCAUACCUACGAUUGUAAUUCAUUCUACUUCGGAUUGGCUGGUCCGGCUCCUCAUUCACGAUCUAAAGAAACAUGUAAAGUGGGUGAAGUAUCAUACAUGCUGUCGACCAAGUUCAACAUCAAUAGAGGGUACAAGUCUCUUUGUGAGUAUGAAGUCGUCUGCUCUGCAAACUCAAGACAAAUUCCGUCGACUUACUGGAAUGCAAUCCUAACGAACGAUACUGCGUGUAAAGCGAAGGAGGUUGGAGGUUUGUGUGAACCGAUUAAUCACGAGCUGAAGGUUAUGUAUGACCUCGGGUGUGACUCGAACGUGGGACAGCACAGGUACAGGCUCGAGACGGUGACGGCUGUAGUUGGGUAUGUGUGUGUGCUAUAGCCGUAUUCAAUCUGAAUUGAAGAGGGGAAAUCUUUUUAGUGAGGAUUAGAAACCGGAGUAACUCUGUCAAGUAGUUUAGAAUGAUUGGGUGUUGUAGUAGCUAGAUGAAUGUACUGUUUCUAUUUUACGUCAAAGGUUUUUUUAAUGAGAAAUAUGUAUUAUAGAAUGCA